AUGCCAUUCGCAGCGUCAAAUCUGCCGGAGUUAGAGCUCCUCAAAGGUGCCGUGUCAACCAACAGUUUCAGGAUUUUGAGCUCUGUGUUGGAAAUGGCAGCAAGAUUCAACGUGUUUCUCGGACUGUUCACAGCCAUUCAGUUGAAGUUUACCAUUGAGGAGUUGUCAAGAAGUGCAGUGGCGAGUGCAGAACUUCAGAGCUUUCAUGGAAUGCAGAGUGCAGCAACAGGUCUGAACAACCAAAGGGAAAAAGAGAAGGGUGGGCUGCCCUCCACUACACAGCCAAGUCCUGCUUGGGCCAGUCAUAUUCAGGAACAUGGGCAUUACCAGGAGCAUGGCAGGUCUGGAACUGAACGCCACCCUGAGGUGUUAACUAAUAAAAAACACACAAACAGCUCUCACUUUGAGCAAGACACAGAUCAUAUCUACUACAUUUCCAAAAUCUACCAGCCCGAAGAUGCUGCAGGGAAAGCCUUAUGGGUAAAUUUGAAAAAGAUGGACAAUGGAAAAGUUCAAAAAAUCCUUUCCAACACCCACAGACAAGCUUUGACAGUAAACCUGUCCUUUGAGUUUCCUUAUUAUGGACAUUUACUAAAAGAGAUAACAAUGACUACCGGUGGUUUCCUCUACACAGGAGACAUGAUUCAUAAGAUGCUGACAGCCACUCAGUAUAUUGCUCCGCUUAUGGCUAACUUUGACCCAAGUAUUUCCCCAAAUUCCACCAUCAUGUACUGUGAUAAUGGCACAGCAUUUAUUGUGCAGUGGGACCACGUUUACCUCCAAGAUGACCCAGAUUUGGGCAGUUUCACGUUCCAGGCUGUGUUGUACAGCGAUGGCAGGAUAACUUUUGCCUACAAGGAGAUUCCUGUUGGUAUCAAUAAAAUUAGAUCAGAGAAUCAUCCAGUGAAAGUUGGCCUUUCUGAUGCAUUUGUGGUGCUUCAUAAGAUUCAGCAGAUUCCAGAUGCAGAUAUCCGAAGGAGAACAAUAUACGAGUACCAUCGAGUUGAGCUGUUGAAAUCCAAAAUCAUCAACUCCAGUGCUAUUGAGUUGCUCCCUCUUCCAACCUGCCUGCAGUUCUCCAGCUGUGACAGCUGUGUUACAGCAGACAUUGGCUUCGACUGUAGCUGGUGCAGCCGCCUACAAAGAUGUUCCAGUGGCUUCGACCGAAAUCGUCAGGAUUGGGUUGACAGCGGUUGUUUGGAUGAGAUAAAGAAGCAGAGCUGCAGUGAAACGUUCAAACCACAUGCUGAAAGCACUGGGCCUGCAAUCGAUAACACAGCAGCAUCUACAUCCACAGCCCAGCCCAGCAGAUACAGCAGUGACAUCAGUGCUAUAUCAUCCACUAUUACUCAUCCCACCUCCCUGUCUGCUGAGCACUCUGAAGCAGGAAGGGCAGGCGAGCAAAAUGCAAGGCUGCAGACCGGUCUGCUUGUUAGCAUCCUCCUCAUUGUGUUGCUGAUGGUGACUGCAGUAAUGGCUACAAUCUACAUGUACCACCAUCCCACCUCCAGCGCAAGCCUCUUCUUCAUCGAGAGACGACCAACACACUGGCCUGUAAUGAAGUUUCGGAGGGGUUCCGGUCACCCAGCCUAUGCUGAAGUGGAAGCUAUGGGAGUAGACAAAGAAGGCUUCCUUUUAAUAGAGCCGAAGGACAGCUUCAUCACUGCAGACAGACGAGAGAGCUCAAUUACAACAGACCAAAGAGAUGGUUUUAUUGUGCCUGACCAAAAGGAGAAAUUUCUCACUGUGGGACAUCACUGACAUGCACUGAGCCCAAUCUGGAAAAGAGACUACAAAAGAAAUAUACCUCAAGCAGUUACUAUUUCUCCUGUCAAUUGUUUUUAUUGUUUUAACAAAUGCUGACACAAAUCAAUUUUGAUAGAAUUGUGAAAAUAUUGACUUGAUAUUUUGAAAAUAGAAUCAUGGUUUGUUGGAUGUCAAAAAUUUUGCACUACAUAGAUUUUUCUUUUUUAUAAUUGGACAAAAAGGAAAUGAUCUUUUACUAUGUAUAUAUACACACACUAUUGUUCAAAUACUUUUAACUAUUAUCAACAUAAAUAAAAAACAUGUAAACACUAAUAUAAUAUUACAGAAAGAAAUUUAAUACAUACUAAUAAUUACAGAUUUGUAUGAACACACACAUUAUAUACACGCACACACACACACACACACACACACAUAUAUAUAUAUAUAUAUAUAUAUAUA